GCAGUAUCUGCUCAGUUACAUUGUAUAUAUGCGCACGCUGAGCCAAAUUAAUACCGUUCUUAAUGCACGACAUGUGCGUGUUUUCUAGGAUGGAAUUAUCAGAUGCUAGCUACUUCAUGGGGAGAUCGAGAGAAUGAUCUUUCCAACAAAAGGCGCUAUCCCACGUUAACCUCGUUGUCUCCCUUCAACCAUUACGAUCUGAGUAUGAUGGUGCACAAAAUAUUAGCUGAGUUCCGCUACAACAAUGUGGCAAUGCUGUGUGACGAUGCCAGCGACAGUUUGGGACUGUAUGCUUCGGUGUGUUCAUUCGUAUUCGACAUUAUUCUUCUGAAGUAUAAUGUCAGGAUCAGCCGGUAUUACGUAAAUGCCACAGACGAGAACAAUGUGAAACGUUAUCUGGACGAGAUGAAAACGAUAGCUCGGGUUGCCAUCAUCAUUGCCCACGGUGAUCGGAUUCGUCAAUUAUGGUAA